CUCUCAUCUUAAUCAUGCGCGCGCUACUCGUUGCAUUGGUCGUUCUCGCAGCCUUGGCCCUGGGUACUCACGCUUCUCCGGGUUUCAUGGGCAUGGGCGGAAAGGGAGACUACGACUACUACUACGAUGAGGGAGAGACCGUCAUCUACGUGCCAGUCCAGUACCCAGUCCACCAUUACUCCCAGUCCAGCUCGUAUGGCGGAGGAUUCCCGAUCAUGGGGGGCGGCGGUGGAGGAUACGGCAUGAUGGGAGUAACUUCUGUGUUACAGGAGUUACAUGGUGAAUCAAUGGCACAAUCACUUACUAAAAGUUCUGAGUCCAAUGGGACAUUCGAUGCAGGAAAGUACAAUCAGUACAGUCCAAAUGAAAUGAAUGAAACUUCGAAACCCUCCUAA